AUGGUUGCCAGAACUUCGGUGUAAGUCAGUGGUGCGGUGUACAUGUUAGCAGUGUCUGGUUUGUUAUUAUAUUGCGGUGUUCGCGUAGUGUUCGGUUAUUUUUAUAUGUAGUUACAUUUCCCGUGAUUAGUAUAUUAAUUUGUCAAGUGUUUAUUUAAAAAAGACAGUAGAGCUCGUUGAAAUGGGUCGUUCCAGAUCCAGGACGAAAUCUCCUAGUAGGCGGCGUCAUAAGAGCAAGCAUUCGAGGAAACGUUCAAAAUCACGUGAGAAGCACUCGAACAACAAAUACUCCGACAAGCCAAAAGAACGUAGUUCCAAAUCAAGGAAACGAUCCCAUUCUGCAUCCUCUAGUUCUGGCUCAGAUGCUUCGGAUGAUGUACACAUUGUCAGUCAUAAGAAACGUUCAUACAGAGACAGAGAUCGCAAAAUGGAUGAAGUAGAGAGGCUGGCAGAAAUGGAGCGUCAAAGAAGGCAACGUGAAGUGGAACAAAAAAUGGUAGAAGAAGAAGCUGCAAAACGAAUAGAAGAACUAGUGCAAAAGAGGGUGGAGGAAGAACUAGAAAAACGUAAAGAGGAAAUAGAAGCUGAAGUACAAAGGAGAGUAGAAGAAGCUAAAAGGGCUAUGGAGCGUCAAAUGAUGGAGGAAAUGGAAUGGAGACAAGCAAAGCUUCGUGAGGAGGAGAAACGAAGAGAGGUAAGACCAAUCCAGAGAAACAUUGGCCAGUGUUAGCCCAAGCGCUGUUUCGAUCAACAGGAAAUAAGUCUGGUGCUCUAUCCUUGCAUUAUUUUUAUACUUAGAUAAACGAUAUAUUUUGGUAAAAACAGAGCUACAAUAUAAUUGAAAUAUAUAAUAGAAGAAAUAUAUUUUAUAAUUUAACAGUUUGACUGGUAA